AAGAGCACUCUCAGAGUUAUAGUUUGAUAGUGCUAAAUCUAGAGAUCUUAGAUCUAGAUCCAGUAGUUUAGUUUGUACAUCUAGAUCUAGAUUUUCUACUAGACUCUAGUUCUAGAUUUAAUAAUCAUAUGUAAUCAACUAUCUGCUGUGUGAUAAAAAAGUUAAUACGCUGAAGUUGCCUACAGCUGAAGUUGCCUACAGCUGAAGUUGCCUACAGCUGAAGUUGCCUACAGCUGAAGUUGCCUACAGCUGAAGUUGCCUACAGCUGAAGUUGCCUACACUUGAUAGGAUGGAAGCUUGUGUUUCAGCAGAUCUGCAGGUUCCAUUUCCUAGCCAGAAGGAGGCAGAAAUAGCAUUUGGUUCCCUCAGUGUUGAUAAGGAACCAUCCAGAGGCGGAGUAGUCAGGACAAUGUGUGUUGACAACAAUAGCCUACAAAUACACUUUUCAGCGCCAGAGGCCAGAAUGUUGCGAGUUAGUAUCAACUCUUUCUUUGAGCAUUUGAUGCUUGUUGUGAAAACAAUAGAUCAGUUUGGUCCACCAAGGUAGCCAGCACUGGGGUCAUCUGUUGUACACCAAGGUAGCCAGCACUGGGGUCAUCUGUUGUACACCAAGGUAGCCAGCACUGGGGUCAUCUGUUGUACACCAAGGUAGCCAGCACUGGGGUCGUCUGUUGUACACCAAGGUAGCCAGCACUGGGGUCAUCUGUUGUACACCAAGGUAGCAACUGGGGUCAUCUGUUGUACACCAAGGUAGCCAGCACUGGGGUCAUCUGUUGUACACCAAGGUAGCCAGCACAGCUGUCAUCUGUUGUACACCAAGGUAGCCAGCACUGGGGUCAUCUGUUGUACACCAAGGUAGCCAGCACUGGGGUCAUAUGUUGUCCACCAAGGUAGCCAGCACUGGGGUCAUCUGUUGUACACCAAGGUAGCCAGCACAGCUGUCAUCUAUUGUACACCAAGGUAGCCAGCACUGGGGUCAUCUGUUGUACACCAAGGUAGCCAGCACAGCUGUCAUCUAUUGUACACCAAGGUAGCCAGCACUGGGGUCAUCUGUUGUACACCAAGGUAGCCAGCACAGCUGUCAUCUGUUGUACACCAAGGUAGCCAGCACUGGGGUCAUCUGUUGUCCACCAAGGUAGCCAGCACUGGGGUCAUCUGUUGUACACCAAGGUAGCCAGCACUGUUGUACACCAAUUGUGUAUAUUAUGUAUAUUAAAUUAGAAGAAACCAAUGUAUAGAAAGUAUUUUUGUUUACAAGGUGUAACUUUAUUUUUUACACCACUUACAGUUAAAGGGCGUUAGUUUGUACAAUUUUCUCAGAUACAAUUGUUAUUGUUGUGAAGGAUAAUAAAUUUAGGUUGAUUUUGUUCUUUUCCU